AUGUCACAACUUCCCAUCUUUACAGCAUUGACGUUACCAGGGGUGUCUGCGCUACCUUCUGUAAAUUGCAUGCAGUGGACUGGGGACGGGCAACUGGUAGUGUUGACCAAAUACGCUGUGUACAUCUUGACUCCCGACGUGGGCAUCCACGUGGAGCCUUCUACUGCAGCGAAGCGAACGCUCGAUGUCGAAAAUGCUCCCAAUAUCUCCCGACCCGUUAAAUGGGUAAAAACGAUGAUUGAAUACGAGAAGGCACUGCUUCAUCAAUGGCCUGCCGAUUGUCAAGAAUGGGGAGCGGUUUCCUUAGGCUCUCUUGAUACUGCUCUGAGAAUUGCUGCGCCUUCCCCCAGCGGCCUCAAUAGUAAUUCCGGAUCUGUCAUUGCUGUACUUAACUCGAACAUGGAGCUAACCAUAUGGGGCCCUGUAAAGAAUCUCCUAAAGGGAGAGUGGACCAAGCUGCGGGAUAUGACUGUGGAGUUACGAAAUUCCGAAUCGAUCCCGACGUUGGUGAAAACUUUGCAGGCACAAAUUAUAUGCAUCGGGUGGUCUCCGCAAGCCGACUUCGGACUGUCACCCGCGCCCAGCCUCGAUGGCUCUCUUCUGGCGGCAGGCAAUCGCGCUGGUAACGUUACUUUCUACAGAUUGCGUAUUGGUGCCGACGGGUCUUAUGAAUUCUGUCGUGUCGCCACCACCCAUAUCAGUGAUAACUGGAUAAACCAGCUCGCAUGGUCUUCUUGGAACGCGGUACAUCCCGGAACAUGCCAAGCUUUUCUGGCUUGUGGAAGUCCGGAUGGAUCAGUCAGUGUCGUUGAAGUUAUUCAGACACUAGACUCCACCUCGUCGGACGCAAGAUUCAUCACUGAAUACUACUUGAAGGAAAUUAUCAACGUCAAAGAUGGUGCUAUAUGCCACUCAGAUGGGCGAAACGUUACUGGUAUGAAAUGGAUCGAUGCCACAGGGCGCAACCCCAUUCUGGUGUAUUGCAAGCCGGGAAUGCUCCAUCUUUGGUCUGGUCUAUCUCUAGCCGGUGGUUGGUCAGGACCACGAGCUAUCAACCUUCGCACCCAAAAGGUCUCGGUCGGCGCAUCUGCGCUGUGCCCAGCAUCAGGAAUUAGCUACAUCACCCACAGCGACACACUGGUCGUGAGCCUUUCCGAUGGAUCCUUCCACGUUAUACAUCAGUUCUCCACAGCGCCGUCCUUGAAUAGUGUCUCAUAUGGUGACAGUCUCACAUCGGAAAGACUGACAGCGGCCGCCCGCAACGCAUUUGUCAAGGUCGAGCCUGAACCGCCACUUUUCUGGGAUGUAAAUCGUAUUAACGGAAUGGCUUCCUACGAUGAUUCUGCAACGUACGUGUGGAUUCACGAAUCAUGCCGUCCUACUGACUUCAGCUACAAAUAUGAUGCCAAGCACGUCAGUAUGUUUGUCAUGGCUCGGUUAUGGGUCGGCCCCUCCGAUGAAGAAGUUCUCCGUGACCUUAGUGAACGGAUAAUGUCUGCAAAGGCUGCCGCGGGUCAGGGGCCUAUAUCCUUGCUUCGCCCGACAUUCUUACACCUUCUAGACUCUGAGAGGCUGUCGCGACUACGAACAAAGUUACUGGAGUUGGUACAGCGGUCACAACCUCUUGAGGAUUUAGUCCAGAUUGUUGUAACUCCUUGUACCGCAGAAUUGACCCCACAGGUACGGUACGAUUUCAGACGAUCGCUGUUUACGCAUCUUUUUGGAUGGGAUGUUGUUCUUCGCCAACGCAUGAGACUAAAAGUCGCAGAGUUUUGCCAGGAGCAUUCUGAAGAAUCCCAAGAGCGAGGCAUGUUUAUGCAAGCUGCAAAUUACUUAUCGUCAACAAUAUGGCACCACGUUCUGCUCACCAUCAUUCGGCAUGUCAGAGCUAUUCUGUCUAUAUCAACUCUACAUGACGCUCCCUUCAUCCGUAGGGUUAUUGCUCAAGCAUCACAUUCCAGUUGUCCAUCAAUCUUGGUAAAGGAAGCUGAUGAUCUGUCAAUGAAACUGUCAUCUGUGUCAUCAGAAGGCGAUCAUCUUAACCUGGAUGAGCUGUGCCCGGCCUGUCACGCUGUGCUUCCCUUGCCGGACACGUCUACAGCUGUGUGUCCAAAUGGCCAUGUAUGGGCGCGAUGUUGUAUAACCUCUUUCAUAUUGUCGACCCCGAUGGUGCGGACGUGUGUAGGGUGUGGCCAGAAGGCAUUUCUGUCGCCUUCACAAGCCACGACCAAUCAGAUGUGGCUGCCAGAACCGGUGCGCAGGAGUUGGCUCGUUCAAGACCUGCUUGGUGCUACGCGGCGGUGUCCUCUGUGUGCGAGUAGUUUUGUGGCUCUUGUCUAA